AUGGCAUGCAUUGCUUUUGUGUUGAAGGCUUUGUGCUUGUCUCUCUUGUUAAUUGUUGUUGCAAGUCGUUCUACCAUCAGACCAAAAGUUUUCAACGUUCAACGCCAUGGUUCUAAACCGGACGGAAAGACUGAUAACACCAAUGCAUUCACAAGUAUAUGGAGCCGUGCAUGCAAAAGGAUAAGUGGAAGUAGUAAAAUCUAUGUACCAAAAGGAACAUUUUACCUAGGUGGUGUAGAGUUCGUGGGUCCAUGCAAAAAUCCUAUUGAAUUCAUUAUCGAUGGAACAUUAUUAGCGCCUGCAAAUCCUAACGACAUUAAGCAAGACACGUGGAUCAACUUUAGGUACAUCAACAAUCUUUCUAUCUCUGGUUCCGGUACACUAGACGGCCAAGGAAAACAGUCUUGGCCACUCAAUGACUGCCACAAAAACCCCAACUGUCCUAAACUAGCUAUAAGUAUGGGAUUUGCAUUCGUGAACAACUCAAAUAUCAAAGACAUAACAUCUCUCAACAGCAAAAUGGGACACUUCAACUUUUUCUUUGUCCAUCACUUUAACAUUACCGGCGUCACUAUAACAGCUCCCAGCGAUAGUCCCAACACCGACGGUAUCAAGAUGGGUUCAUGUAGUAACAUUCAAAUCUCCAACACAAACAUCGGUACCGGAGACGAUUGUAUCGCAAUUCUCUCUGGAACCACUAAACUCAAUAUCUCUAACAUCAAUUGUGGUCCUGGACAUGGGAUUAGUGUUGGAAGCUUAGGGAAAAACAAAGAUGAGAAAGACGUGAAGGACUUAUUCGUAAGAGACGUCAUUUUCAAUGGUACAAGCGAUGGUAUUCGGAUCAAAACUUGGGAAUCAUCAGCUUCGAAGAUCCUUGUUUCAAACUUCGUGUACGAGAAUAUUCAGAUGAUUGACGUUGGGAAACCAAUCAACAUCGAUCAGAAGUAUUGUCCUCACCCACCUUGUGAACAUGAAAGAAAGUCUCACGUUCAAAUCCAAGACCUUAAGUUAAAGAAUAUAUAUGGCACAUCAAAGAACAAAGUAGCAGUAAAUUUGCAAUGUAGCAAAAGCUUUCCAUGCAAAAAUGUGGAGCUAAUUGACAUUAACAUAAAACAGAAUGGACUCGAAGAUGGUUCAUCCAUUACGGUGUGCGAGAAUGUUGAUGGUUUUGCUCGCGGUAAAAUGUUUCCUCAACAUUGUCUAAAUUAGUUCGACAGUCCAUCAAAUCAAUGACGAUAUGUUGUAUAUGUUAUUUUCAUUUAUAAAAGUAAUUGCUUAAGUUUAUAUAUGGCUUAUGUUUUUU